UUAUAAUUUUACGCGGGAGCAAGCGGCACACGGAGCCCCAUUGCUACGCGAGGCACUCGGAAACCAUCGUCUAGGCGCCCGGCAACCAGCAGCACAGUAACCGCUGCAGCGGACGCACCGGGGCAGCCUCCCGCAAGUGCAGCCAUGGCGUGAGAGGAUGCUGGGUUGCAGGUCUUUGUGUGGCCACCCACAUCGCGGGUAACAGCAGCCGUCCCGCAUGAUCCGGGCGGCCCUCGCCCUCGCCGCGGCGCGGGCCGCCGCGCCGCUCGACGCGGAGACGACGAAGCGCCUGGACCACUUGCAGGAUUUACUCCACCAGGCGCACACAACACCGCUGCCGACCUGGACCGUCUCUCAUGAAGACGCCGAUUCAGUAGAAUGGACGCCGCGCGCGAAGGGCUCGGCCAAGGUCGUCGAGGCGGGUGUAUUGAGAGGGAUUUCGGUCGUGCGCAAGCGCGUAAUAUGUACGGAUCCGAUCGCAACGCUGGCGCUCACACAUAAACGGAGCAAGCGCCCGCUGCCCAAGAUGGAGAAGCACUGCGCCGAGGCCGUCGCCGAGCUCUUCUUCAUGGAGCACCUCCGCGGGCGCCCGGGCAUACCGGUACUAAGGGGCGCCUGGUACACACCUCAAGGUUUAGAGUACGUCGUCGACGACGCCGGGCCGCCGCUCCUCAUGCUUGGAGAACACAAAAAGGUCGCGCGCGAGAUGGCCCGAAAACGCCCUUUGCGGCUCGCGAAGGCGUUGCUCGAGUGCUUCCGGAGCUUUUCGGAGGAAGGCGGCUACUUUUUAGAUGACCUCACGUGGCGCCAGUUUUCGGUGCGGGAGGAACCGGGCAGGCCGCCUGUUAUCACAAUUGUCGACGGCCCCAAGGCCCUGGACGCGCCCGUCCGGUCCUACCUCGGCGCGAGCGGCCACGUCCUGCCCCUCCCGAAUUCGACGGCAUGCGCGCUCAACUCGCAGUGCCCCGCGACGCGCAAGCACCACUCGUGUAUUGAUAAUGGCGUGGGGACGGGUCGCGCCGGGUUGGUCGACGCGGCGGCUCUGGCGGCCUGGAACGCGACGACGGCGUGCUACUGGCGGCCGGGGAGUCGGGCGCAGGGCGUGCCCGAGCGGGCCGCGGCGCCCGAGGCCGAGGGCUGGUGCGCUUCUUUUGAUGCCUCCGGCGUGCGAGCUAAACACUGCGUGCCCUGGUCGUCGAAGACCCACGUCUAUGACGUGGGGAGCCGGGGCUGGGCCCUCGGCUUCCUCGAGGACCACGCGCGGAACGCGGUUUCACGUAGAAUCGUCGUGGGCCUGCGGCGGAAGAUGGUGGGCAAGGCCGUCGCGGCGCGGCCGUCCUUCUCGGAGGCGCUCGCGUGGCUCGCCGCGCGGGCGUCUGGUAUUAAGGAGGGGUUGUUGUAGUGUCCUGGACCCCGUGUUUUGCCAAUUUUUCAUGAUAUACCACUCGCGAGAGGUCCGCUGAUAUUGUUACGCUAGGACUCGCGAGGGGUCCCCCGCUUAUUGCUACGGUGCUAUAACUAAGGGCGGCGGCAGGGGCGGGUCGAUGUUACGGUGCUAGGACUAGUGGGCGGAGCCCCUGGGGGGGAGACACCGCGCGUCGCCGAUUCAUCGGCGGCGGGCGCGGGCCGCUUCUUUCAUAACAGCGUACCUCCUU